GUUGUCUCAACUGCAUCAAGCAGAAUCUGCCUCACCCACCUCUCAGGUCGUCUACCCACCCAAGUACAACCUGAGUAUUCACAUGACAUUCCCUCAUUCCCCCGAGCUUCAGUUUGUCCCAAAGAUGUACUACCAAACAGAGGUCAGCGACAAUUGCUCCGCCGGAGUAUAUGCGCAUCUGACCAUGCCGGAGGACUGCGCGUGGCUCAAGGAUGGUGAAAUGCUUCCCGAUAGUUCUCGGCUACAUCCGUAUCUCGCGACUUCCCCCUCCAUGCCUUGGGAUUUGCAUAGCACUCCGCACGGCGAUUAUCAGGAGCCUCCGGUUCAUACGCCCUCCACCAGCCGCAGUCCCAGCCCCGGCGGAAGUGCUCAAGCUCAAGCUCAAGGACUCUACGAAUAUUGGCAAUAUCCGGAGUCAUCGAACGUGGGAUUUGAAGGCGCGGUGUAUCCGGACUCAGGUCUGGUCUACAGUAAACCCAUUGAAAAUGAAGCUCAGGGCUGGAAUCCGUGUCAAUAUGCGUCACCGCUCGAUACGGAUGCUCUGGGAUUGGCUGGCUUCAGCGUUCCGCAUCAGUUCGGGUUGGCUUACGUCUCAUGCCAAUUUGGCACGGAGUGUGGGACGGCCAUACAGGACGUCACUCCCAAGGGCGUCUGCGAACAUCUGCAGCACUACCACAGCCAGGACAUCGAUAGCGACUACGCUCAUGACGUCUUCAAAUGUCUAUGGCAGACUAACGGCGAGCCAUGCGGCGCUGCGCGGUACUGUGAUACUGGACUGUGCGAGCACAUCGUUGCGACACAUCUGGUUGACCCCCAGACCAAAUGGUCGUGGUCUCGUAUGUCUUGUGUAGCCCCUGAGCACACAAUAUCCUGCGAGCAGCUAUGCGAAUCGCCAGCAGCUAUCGUGUAGAUUGUGAGUGACGGCAGCUUGUACAUGAGCGGUAGACAUAUUCUGGUCCGCCCGCACCACAGCCACGGACUUGUGUAUCCGCCGAUUGUCUAUGCCGAAUGGUUCAACCGUGAACUCCCCGCGAUGGCUAUCAUACCUCGUCAUGUACUAUGGACUUGCGUUUUGGUUAGCUUACGCUCUCGGUACGCUCAGACU